UCCAGUGGUUGUUUACAGGUUUGCAGGGCUGUCAGUGUUCACCCGCUAGGAACUGAUGGGGCUGUUUUACCACUUUUCCUGUAUGGGUGUGCCGAAGGUUCUGAGUUACUGACUAAUAGAAUUUACUCAUCUUCUUUUCCCCUGCGCCAGCACUUUAGAUUGGGCACUUUUUCACUCCCUUUCUUGCAGGACCAGUGUGCACUUUGACCUAGAGGAUAUCCUGUGCUUUCUCAGCAGUUGGAGCGUGUGAGUGCACUUGAAGCCAUUAGAAAACAGAAGAUCUUAAAGCUUUUAUGCACUUUUAUGAAGAUAAUAGCGGAUUUACCCAUUCCACAAACACAGAGAGUUGAUACAACAUAUCUUAGCACACAGGCUCUGCCAUGAUGGAGGCUGCCAAAGGAGAAACAACUACUCUCAGUGUCACUUCCCAUAAUAUCAAAGUUACAGAGGCAGUGCAAGAUGAGGAUACACUUACUUUUGUAAUUGUAUCUCAAAAGCUAUCUGGGACAGGGGAGUACCAUGUGGUCCGGACUUAUGAUGACUUUGAAUGGCUACAGCAGCACCUGUUCUCUCAGGAGGAUGUGCCUGGCAUACAAGGCAUCAUUUUUCCCCCUCUUCCAGCAAAGGCUCAGGUGAAUGGAUCUGUUAAAGUUAUCAAACAACUUGGUUUCCUGGCCAUGGGACAGGACUUGCGGCCCUACUGCAUGGCACUGGAAGCUUAUCUCCGCCAGGUUGCUUCUCACAGCACACUCGGUAAAAACAAAGCUGUGGAGAUCUUCCUCACUUGUCGAGAUCCCCCUGGCCAUCAGAAAGUAAGGAAAAAUAUCUUCAACCGUCUAAGUCAAGCUGUAGAGGAGAUGAGGAAGGAGGGUCACAAGGAUGUGGAUGUGUUUUUUCAAACUGAACGUGAUCAUAACCUUCCUCUCACUGCGUUCACCAAGACGGCAGUUGAGAAAUUCCUGGAUGUGGUAUUGACUGAGCAAAAAAUAGCGAUGGCAUGUGGACAUUUCUCCACUGCUCUGCAACUCUGUGUGGAACCCGGGGACAAUCCUGACAAACAAGCCUUCUCCAAGAUUUGUGUGAAGCUGUCAGAGGUCUUUGAUUCAAUGAGGAAAAACACUAUGAGUGUAGCUGAGAACAACGUGAAGACUCUCGGGCUGGGCCUGGACCUGGAGUCACGCUACCAGGAAGCAGAGAAGGAAAUGCUGUUCAGGAGAACCUGUAAACUGGUGGAGUUGGAGACAGCCAGCAGGAAUGCUGAAAAAGCCAAACCUGUGAAGAAGGCUGCAAUGGAGGAGUUGAAGAAAGCAUCAGAGAAGGAGUUUGAUCACAUAUCUACAGUGGCCAAACAGGAGAUUACACGGCUCAAGAGUGCACGUGUGGGCAUGUUGCAGCAGGCUCUGGUUCAGUGGUGUGAACAGCAGCUUCUCACGGCCAGGGAGACUGCUGACUGCUACAACCAGCACCUACAAGCCUUUAUAGGGAUGGCCUAGUGACCCUACUAGCACUUUCCCAGUAAAGCAUCUGCAGGAUGUCCAAACAGCAUUGUAUCUAUCACCUAAACAUGUUCCUGACCUUCCUACACUAUCCUCUGCCAGUUUAUUAUGUUCAUUUUCAGUGUAAAUGUGACAAUUUUAACAGAACUAAGCAAACCUUUUCCAAUUCUCAGAUAGUACACUAAUGUUUUGUCAGUCCAGUAAAGUACAUCGACACACACACACACAAUCCUCUGUCAGCAUCUCUAGUUACACACUGUAAUAAAGCUGCUGUGAAAAUGAAGCUAUUGAGAUCAUAGCAGGUAAGGCCAUGGUGUGUGUGUAUGUGUACUUUUCUAUACUUUGGCAUUUGUGCUGAGAGUGUAUUGUGCCGCUCUCUAGUGACCACAUCAGCUUGGGUCACACAAAAUAAAGUGUGAUGAAUUGAUUG